GUGUGUGUGAAGGAAACAUACAGCUGUUAGGUUCUGAGGUAAAAGAAGGGCCUCAGUAGAAAUGACUGUAUAAUAAAUGGGUUUUAAAAUUCAUUAAACUGAAAUUAAAAGGUGAAAAUAUGGAGGAAACUACAGACUAGUUUAACGAGAGCUUUCCUUCAGUCCAAAUCUCUUCCUUUACACUUGAACUUGUAUUAAACUGCAGUAAGUGUACAAGUGGCAGCUGUGGAGCAAGCCUCGAACAGGGAAGAGGAAAUGUGUCUGUAAACGUAGAAAGUAAAGUCCAGAUCUGUGACUCGACAGUUAGCGGAAGAGCUGUACAUUCAGCCGCGUAAAAAACCGAGCUGUCAUGUGUAGAGAAGCUGGCGGCUGGGAGUGAAGCUCUAGCGCCGUGUUGGUGUGAUGGCGGAGGGGGAAGUCCCUCAGGAAAUCCCCGCACGGCCAGCACCAUUUCCAGCCUGAAAACCUCGCCGCUUCUCAACUUCUCUUUACAAAGCUAGGAGCCCGUCGACACCGACCUGAGGACAAACAGUGCAUAUUUAUGGAGUGAAGAACAGGUAGAGGCUAAAAACGGCCAUUUUGAAAGAAAAAAGAAGAAAGACGAGGACAUUUAAAGAUGGACGACGACGUGACGAAAGUGCGGAGUUGCGCCACUUUGAACACUUUUUAUCACGAAACCCAGCAGGAGAUUGUUAACUUAGGCAAAGAGAUUUCAUCCCGAGACGGAAUUAUAGCUGAAUUAAAAGCCAGGCUGGCUAAAUACGAGAGGACGUGUGUGCUGGUUGAGGGAGAAGAACCGUGUUUGGUUGGACCUUCCAAGUCUCUAGUGGAGAGUUUGUGUAGAGAAAACUUCAGACUGAAGCAGAAGCUGAAAGAAGCAGAAGUGGACUCGAGCCAGAAGCUGGAAACUAGCAAAAGAGAGAUCCAGAGCCUGCAGCAGAAGCUGAGAGAGAAGGAGCAGAUGAUGGAGUGGCCCGAGCACGAGAAGGAGCGCGAGAUCCAGCGCCUGCGAGCCAACCUGGCAGCACGCGACCGGGAGCAGGCCACCCGGGACGUCCUGUGCAACUCGCUGGCCGAUGAGGCAGAGCAGCUCAGGGGGCAGCUGGGAGCCACAGUGCGAGUGUGUGAGGAGCUACUGGGAAGGCUGGAGAAGCAGAAGAACCUGCCGGCCAUCGCGGAGCAUAAGACUCAGGUCAAUGAGGUGACCGAAUCCUCCGAGACCGCUCGACUGAACAGCAUAAUCGAUAAGUUACAGGAGGAGAACCAGCAGCUCAAAAGCAGAGUGGCAUACGUGGAAAACCUGAACUCAAAGUGGCAGAAGUAUGACCUGAGCAGGGAGGAGUAUGUCAGGGGCUUGUGUCAGAAGCUGAAGGAGUCCAGCAGCGGGACGGCGGCAGGAACCAUGACUCUGUACCAGCAGGAGAUCAACCGUCUCAAUGGACUUCUGGAGGAGAAGAUGCUGGAGUGCGAAAGGCUGAGCCGAGAGAGGGACGAUCACAUGCAGAGAAACAAGGAGCACAUACAGAUGCUGGAACAGCAGGUCCUGGCUUACAUCGAAGACUUUAAGUCAGAGAGAGCGGACAGGGAACGGGCUCAGAGCAAAAUCCUGGACCUGCAGGACGAAGUGGGGCGUCUGCAGCUGCAGAUCCGAGCGCAGAAUUCCAGAGAAGCUGCCCCAACACGGCGGAUCCUCCCCAACUUAAAGAAAGCAAGCCGUAAGCAGACUGAAUCGGUCGAGCCGCUAUUGCGAAACAGCCCCCCAGACUCAAGCGCCAGGCGGCCGAACGCUCCGUUAGCAGCGUCCGGUGCGUCCGAGCUCCAGUGCCCACGAUGCCUCACCAUGUACGAUGAAAAACACACGGACGAGUACCUGAACCACUGCAGUCAAUGCGCUAGACUCUGAACUCUGCACAUUUCACAUUCACACAACACAAGAUGCACUACAGAAGUGUGUGGAAGGCGUGUAAAGGUACAAAUAUGGAGUAAGAACAAACACUGGGACAACAAACUUUUUUUUUUGUUGCUUGAACAAACUUAAAGCCAAGUUGUACGACCUUCACGUCUGGAUGGGAAUAAAUACACAGACUGGACUUUUUUUUUUUAUCAGCCAUUUUAGGGAUUUAUUACAACUCUGGAACAGGAAUCGAAACAGGAAUGCUCAGAGAAACUGACCUCUAAUUUAAAAUGGGUCAUUCCUGAUAUCAUAGAAUCGUUAGUCAUCGGGUCCACAGAGUUGCAUAGCACAGAGACAAGUAUAUAUUUAUACCACAGCACUGAUGAAUUCCUGACUCUGAUUGGUUGAAAGGUGCUGAUUAAUUUUCUGUGCCAUCUGUCAGAAAAUCACAGGUAUAUAUUCAUGCGCUCAUUCUGACAUGUUCCAUAGCAGAGUUAUCAUGUCAUAAAAAACCUGCAUGAGGAUUCGUUUAUUGAACAUUUGAGUCACACUGAGUCUCCAGUGUCAGCUCUUUGCAACAGUCAGAGGUAAAGCUGUAAGUUUUCCGCCAUGGACAGAGGAGCACGAGUUUUGCGGUUUCUCUUUCACAUGACAGCUUGCAUACUUUUGGCUUAUUAGCUGCAAGAGAGAGGAAAAAAAGAGAAGCUGGUGAAGGAACGACUGUUUAUAGCUGCUAUAACGUAAGCGAUUACAAGAAGUUGUUUCACAGACGUUCCACAACAUUAAAUGUAUCUAUAAACGGAUAAAAAGUGUAGUUCAUUAAUAAAUAGAGUUGGAAAAUUGCUGUGGUAUAAGAGGAAUAAACCACUUCAUGCUGUUAUUGGAAAGUAAUCAGCUUCACGUUAUUGAUUCUUUUCCUACAACAGCACACUCCCAAGUGUUUUAUUUCUUACACACGUACUGUCAUCUUACUGCAAAUGUAUUGACCUAUCCCUAACUGAUAUAUAUAUAUAUAUAUA